AUGCCACUUUCCGUGCAAGAUAUCAUCAGCGCCCAGCCAAUCGAUGCUAAACUCGUCGAAAGAAUAGCCCAUCGUAACAAGGAAUACAAGGUGGCCAUCGUGGUGCCCAAUCCUCUCUGGUCUCAACGCUUCCUCGAAGCGAAAUCUCGCAUCGAGUCUGCCCUCGGCUCGACCGCUUCUGCCGUCCACCAUGUAGGCUCCACUAGUGUCCCCGGGCUUCCAGCAAAAGACAUUAUCGACAUCGAUCUCGUGGUCAGAGACAUCCACGACGAGACCUCUUAUGUUCCAGCUCUCGAAAAGUCAAAUUUCAGAUUUCUCCUCCGCGAACCUGCAUGGCAUCAACAUCGCUUCUUCGUCGAUGAAGGAGACAGACCAGGAGGAUUCCUGGUCAAUCUUCAUGUUUUUGGGCCCGAUUGUGCUGAAGUCGAGAGACAUAAGAUUUUUCGCGAUUGGUUGAGACAGCAUCCGGAGGACUCGGAGCUGUAUGCGAGGGUGAAACGGGAGAGUGCGGAGGCGUGUGGGGUGGCCGGGGAAACUAUGCAGGAGUAUACAGAUCGGAAAGAUAGUACGAUUGAGGAGAUUAGGAAUCGGGCCUUUAGGGAUUUGGGCUAUCUCAAAUGA